UGGCCAAUCAGAUAUCAGAGCCCCCGUUUUGUUCCGCCCCCUGUAGACGGAGUGACAGCACGGAGCAGGGUUACGUGUGCCAACUGCUGGAUUUCCUAAGUUUGCCUGCCCUUGCCUAGGUGCGAGCUGAGAAUAGAUUUUGGAGACCCAAGAUGGGUAGAAAGGAUGCUUCCACUUUAAAACUUCCCGUUGAUCAAUAUAGAAAGCAAAUUGGUAAACAAGACUACAAGAAAAACAGACCUGUUUUAAGAGCAGCCAAGUUAAAAGCAGAAGCCAAGAAAGCAGCAAUAGGCAUAAAGGAAGUUGGCCUUGUCCUUAUAGCUAUAUUGGUACUCCUGCUGGCUUUCUAUGCUUUCUUUUAUCUUAAAUUAUCCACUGAGGUUGACCCUGUCCUGGCGAUGAAUGAAAAUUAGCAGUGUACUGAUCAUUGGAUCUCGGUCCCUUUUUGGGAAAACGAAUGAUUUACAUAACACUAUUUAACAAUGUUUUCACCAACAACAUUUUGAAGUUUUUCAAAGCAGGAAACUUUCAGAAUCUUUCAACUGUUUUACUUCAUUUGGGGAACAUUUUAAAGAUUUAAAUGAAUAUCAAGCAAAGAUUCUCACCUUGCAACGGAAUAUGUCAAGCCGCACUGGACAUUUUUACAAGUUGUUGUUCUUGGUUUUUUUUUUUUUUUUUUUUAAUAUUGCAAAAAAAAAAGAGAAGUUUUUUCUACAUAUAAUGCUUAGCUACAUAUAUGUAUAUAUAUGCAUAUAUAUUAUAUAUGCAUAUAUAAUAGCAAAAAAUAUCAAAUCCUCCCUUCUUGGAAAGCCUAGUCCACUUUCCCAAUACAGUUGCAUAAAUCAAAAUUAUUUGCUGAUCAGCAAAUCCUUUGUUUUUUUUUUCCAAUCUCAUGGAAUGAAAUUCUAAACUAAAGUUUAUUCUUAUUUAUGGAUACCUACUCAAAAUGCAUUCAUAGUUAUAUGAUUGGAGGAAAAGUUCCAGGAAAUUUUGUGUUUUAGAAGAAAAUGCUACUUUUUCUACAAGCAUAUUUUAUUUCAUCAUAGAUUCUAUCUGCACAUACAUUUACAGUCAUCUUUUUCUUUCCUCGCCAACUGUUCAGUGCACAUGUGCUCUUUCAGAAAUGGCACCUGGAUGACAGAAGCUCGAAGAGUCACAUAUGCCUCUAAAAUCAAGUUCUUUGCCUCUUGGGCUGUCUGAACUGGUGUAAAUAGAAAGUUCAGUUGAUGUUGAUUUUAAUUAGUAUAUCACUUUAUUAAUACAAAGUUGGAAUUCUAUUUUAAUUAUGUUGUUCCUGCUGCUUGAAGUAUCAGUUUGCUCCUCUUGUUAGAAAUAUGUUAAAAAAAAAAUCUUUUUCAUGCAUAUUCUUCCAAAUAAAAAUGAUCCAAAGUUUUUGAAAUUUUGCUUUAUAUAAAUUUAUAUUUCACCUCUUAAGACAUAACUCAAUUAAAUCCCAAAUAGGGAAUAAAUGACACAAGAAUAAAGAAUGUUUCUUUAUUCAGUAUAUAUUAGAGACAAAUCUUUUUUUGUAACUUUUAUUGAUUCAUUUGUCAGAAAAUAAAUGACAAAUAAAGUCAAUACUUUAAAAACUGAUUUUUUAAAAUUUUCAUAGUACAUACACAUUAAAAAAAUAUUAAGUACCCUGGUAAACCAACACAGGAGCUUAUGAAGAACUUUUUAAUGGCAUUAUGGAACCAUCAACAAUUUACAUAUUGACUCAAUGAAUAAAAAUACACAAAACUAAAAAUUUUGUAUUAGUAAAAUAAAACAAAGAAUUUUAAAAUCAUAA